UCUCCCCAGACGUAUCCGUCCGUAGCUUACGUAAACACGUGUGAUCGGCUGCUUCCAGUUUCAGCUUCUUCACGCCGCCGUAUCCGUGCGCUCUGUAUCACUUCUUGACAACAGCAGCGAUGGCGAAGCCCGGAACAUCAGAUGAAACAGCGAAGGCAGCAUCACCCACACCCGGCCUCUCCCCACCAGCCAGCCCGGGCUCGGAGCCUCCGUCCAUGGCCCUAUCUCCUGCCACGGAGGGCUCCCAGCGGCUCCUCUUCUCCCACGACCUGGUCUCUGGGCGGUAUCGCGGUUCAGUCCGGUUUGGCCUCGUUCGGAUGAUCCACGGAGAGGAGGAUUUCAACUCAGACUCGGACCUGGACGACGGCGGAGGGAGAGGCGGCGGGGAAGGGGGUGGCGGGGGCGGCGGGGGAGGAGGAGGACGAGUCCUGUGCGGUUCGGACACGGAGAGCGCCGUGGACACCCCGAGUCGGCCUCUCGGUAGGGGAUACGUCCGCGUCCAGUGGUACCCCGAAGGAGCGAAGCAGGACAUCGGGGAGACAAAGCUGAAACUAGAAGAUCGAUCAAUCGUCAUCAGAGACAUUGUGAGACGGAGCAACUCGUGUGACAACCAGUGUGGUAUUGUGACCAACAUUGACAUUGAAUGUGCCGUGAAGCUGGUGGGAACCAGCUGUGUUCUGUAUCCAGUGAACAGCAGAGACCUGCAGCACAUCUGGUCUUUUAUGUACGGAGACUACAUAGCCUAUGACUUCUGGCUGGGCAAAGUGUACGACCUGACCAAUCACAUCAUCCUCAAGCUGUCUAACGGAGCCAGGUGCUCCAUGAGUGUGGAAGACGGUGCCAAGCUUUACGAUGUCUGUCCACACGUCAGUGACUCGGGUCUGUUCUUUGACGAGGCGUACGGUUUUUACCCGGGCCAGGUCCUGAUCGGUCCCGCCAAAGUCUUCUCUAAUGUCCAGUGGCUGUCGGGGGUCAAACCCGUCCUGAGCAGGAAAUGCAAGUUCAGAGUUGUGGUGGAGGAGGUGCAGGUGGUGGAGUUAAAAGUCACCUGGAUCACAAAGAGCUACUCCCCAAAAGGCUCAGACGGUGUUUACCCACCUCCCUCCACCAUCGCGCAGGAAGACCUGCAGCGGGUGAGACGUCUGGGCUACUACGACCACACGCAGAGGCAGCUGGGGGAAAGGGCCCUCUACAUCUUUCCAGCCAAAGGCGACGUCACGCGCAUCAUCUGCGACGGACCUGAGGGUGCUCAUGUUCCGCUGGAGGACCCCGUUGCUAGAAAGCUUAAAAGGAUGUUCAAGAAGGAUUCUGGGAAGAAGACAGAAAACGCCAACUCAGAAGCAAAUUCAGCAGAGCACAAGUCUGAUCAGACCGACUCGUCUCAGCCCAACGGCCCGGUGAGCCCCGCUCAGAACCCGCCGGACUCUCAGAACACCAGUGAUGCCGCGCACGGGGAGCAGGACGCCGAUGACGAGGCUGGAGAGGACACGGACGACACCAGCUCUCUGACGUCCUCAGCCAGCUCCACGGCCUCCUCUCAGAGCGGCGGUCUGGGAACAAACCGCAAAAAGAGCAUCCCGCUCUCCAUCCGCAACCUCAAGAGGAAACACAAGAAGAAGAGGACCAAGUUCUCCCGCGAGUUCAAGCCCGGAGACCGGGUGGCCGUGGAAGUGGUAUCCACAAAAACCACAGCCGAUGUGAUGUGGAAGGACGGGCGGGUGGAGAAGGGCAUCAGAUCAAAUGACCUGAUCCCCAUUCAGCACCUGGACAGCCACGAGUUCUGCCCCGGGGACUUCGUAGUGGACAAACGACCUCAAAGCCUGCAGGACCCAGGAGUGUACGGUGUGAUCCAGUCUGGAGAUCACAAGGGUCGGACGUGCGUGGUUAAGUGGAUCAACCUGAACUCCAGCGGGGACGGCGUGGAGGUCAUCGGCGUGGAGGAGGAUGUCAGCGUGUACGACAUCUCCGACCAUCCAGAUUUCCACUUCCGCACCACCGAUAUAGUCAUCCGAAUCUGGAACUCCGAGAACGGACAGAACGACUGUGAGAACGAGACGUCAGUGGGACAGGUGUCCAGAGUGGACGUGAGCAGCAAAGUGGAGGUGGUCUGGGCCGACAACUCCAAGACCAUCGUCCUGCCGCAGCACCUCUACAACGUGGAGUCCGAGAUCGAGGAGACGGACUACGACUCGGUGGACGAGACGAGCAGCGUCCUGUCCACCGAGGAGUGGGAGGACGAGAGCGACAGCUGGGAGACGGACAACGGCUUGACCACUGAGGACGACGGCCACGUCAACAACGCAGACGCCACAGACACGGCCACGCCCACCCCCACGCCCACCGGCUCUACCGCCUUCAUCCUCCCCCCUCAGGAGGGCAGCAAGCCGGCCACCGGUCCCACCAACGGAGCUCCUGCAGCGGAGGGAGAAGCAGCGGUGGCCAGUCCUGCUUCAGGAGGAGGAACAACUCCAGCGGCGUCGGUAAACGGAGCGGAGAAGCCCAACAAGGACGGUUCCUCUCGAGGGUUCAGGGAGCUGAGGGAGGCCCUCAGGAUCCUGGAGAGUCUGAAGAACAUGACGGUGGAGCAGUUGUGGACCGGUGGCUCGCCAACCUCCCCAACCUCAGCGGAACCGGUGUCCACGGCCAACGUAGCGAGUUCGGUGAUGCCUCCUGCCUCUGAAAAACCCACCAAGGAGAAGCGCUUCCUGGACGACCUCAAGAAACUGCAGGAGAACCUGAGGAAGACUCUGGACAACGUGGCCAUUGUGGAGGAAGAGAAGAUGGAAGCUGUUGUGGAGUCUGCUGGGAGCGGCGGAGCAGGAACAGAGGCAGAGAGGAGCACGGAGGAGAAACCCCAGCAGGAGCCACAGACGCCGGUGGGGAACCAGGAGUGGCCCAGUGAGUUCCUGAGCGAAACGCCGGUGCUGUGCCAACAGAGUGGAGGGAAACCUGGAGUGACCUUCACCAGCGCCAAAGGGGAGGUGUUCUCGGUGCUGGAGUGGGCUCCAGACACUCACUCCUUUAAGAAAAUGGAGUUUCAGCCGGCAGAGGCCAAGAAGUUUUUCAGCACAGUGAGGAAGGAGAUGGCUCUGCUGGCAACGUCGCUGCCCGACGGCAUCAUGGUCAAGACCUUCGAGGACCGCAUGGACCUGUUUUCAGCUCUGAUCAAAGGACCAACCAGAACCCCGUACGAGGACGGACUCUUCCUCUUCGACAUCCAGCUGCCCAACAUCUACCCGGCCGUGCCGCCGCUGUUCCGCUACCUGUCCCAGUGCAGCGGCCGCCUCAAUCCCAACCUGUACGACAACGGCAAAGUCUGCGUCAGCCUGCUGGGAACCUGGAUCGGAAAGGGGACUGAGAGGUGGACCAGCAAGUCCAGCCUGCUGCAAGUCCUCAUCUCCAUACAAGGUCUGAUCCUGGUCAACGAGCCGUACUACAACGAAGCCGGCUUCGACAGCGACCGGGGUCUGCAGGAGGGCUAUGAGAACAGUCGCUGCUACAACGAGAUGGCUCUCAUCAAGAUGGUCCAGUCCAUGACGCAGCUCCUCCAGCAUCCUGCGGAGGUCUUCAAGCAGGAGAUCCGGGAGCACUUUGUGUCCAGCGGCUGGCGACUCGUGCACCGUCUGGAGGCGUGGCUGGAGCUGCACGACGCCGCUGAGCGAGGCCACUCGGCCUACUCCUCUUCCAGGAGCCACCACUUGAAAGACGAGCAGCAGCCUGCGGGCUCUGGACUGGUGGCUGUGGCCCACAGCAGUCCCAGUAAGCCCAGUGAUGAGGCGGUGAUGGGAGUUAGCAGUAUUCUAGAGGAGGAGCUGGAGGAUUCGGGGCUGAGUCCGUCCACCACUACAGCUCCUCAGGAGGAGCUGAGCCAGAACUCAGACGGUGACCUCACCCUGGGGGGUGAGGUCAAAGCUGGCUCUGUGGUCCGCACUGGGACGUCAGAUUCUGGUUCCGUGUCCGCCAGCGUGGGGGGGGCGGGCUCCUCGGGGAGCCAGCCAGUGGUUCGACCAAAGAAAAGGAGGAAGAGUUACCGGAGUUUCCUCCCGGAGGGCAGCGGGUACCCGGACAUCGGCUUCCCGCUCUUCCCGCUCUCCAAAGGGUUUGUGAAGAGCGUCCGCGGCGUGCUGCAUCAGUACAAAGCCGCUCUGGCGGCCGCUGGCGUCCCAGAGCACACGGUGGACAAGUAAGUGCCUCCUCACCAUCUUCUAACUGCUCCCUGACCUGUCCUCCUUCUCUUCUACCUUUUUCACCCGCCUCAAGUCACAGAGGAGGACCCAUCAGCACUAGUCAGGGUGGGGUUCCAGUCUGGACCCCGCCCCGAGCUGCACGGUGCCCCAGCACUGCCCACACCUUUCCUCCACCUCCGUGUCUCCGCCUUUACUGCUCCUGCUGCCCUCCUCCGUAACAUUCUGACUCCUCUCUCGAUCAGCGCUGGACAGCAGCUCGGAAGCUUUGCUAAUGUUUGUUUCUCUCCUUCAGUGAUGACUCAGACGAGGGUGACGGAUAACAGAGGUCCCCCCCCCUCCCCCGCUCCACCACAGCAGGAGGAGACUCUGAGCUCCUGCUGGAGCUGCUCCCUUCCAGGAAAAGUUUAACUUCAGUGCAAAAAGAAAUGUGGAUGAGAUGGAAACCCAGUGCCAUGAAGCCCCUCCCCCUUUUUCAUCUGACUCACCUUCAGCACCCCAACCCCCUCCUGGUGGUGACCCUUUAAGAGCAGAGUAACGCGAGGCUGUAGCAACCACACACACACACACGCACACGCACACACACACACACACACACACGCACACACACACACACGCACACACUAGGCUGAAGGUGACUAAAGCUGCCAUCCUCUUCCUCCUUCCCAGCUGACUGCUCCCUCUGGAGUGACGUGUUUACAUUCAGAUCACCUCAGCUGGGUGGAGAGGAGAACGCUUCGUCUUCUCUCGGUGGAACGGGCGUUCUGCUGUGUGAUGAACUCACGAGACAUUAGUUCCAUCAUCCGUCGGUCGACAUGUUGCCUUAUUUGAGAUCCUCUAGAGGAUCCGAGACGCUGCGUGUGUCGUCCUGCUUCACAGGCUGGAAAACCACCGAAAUCCUGCUUUAAGUCCCCGGUCCUAUUAAGCACCCGGAUCUUGGUCCGGACUUUAUUUUCCAGCUGGCUUUACCUGAUCCGACUCAUCAGAGCACAAGGGUGCCGACUGGACUCCGGUUUAGAUGAACUAAUGAGUCCGGGUUUUCUCGGCGCUCCGCUGCAGAGCCCCGGGUUGUGAAGCUGACCUCUGGGUGCUUCCUGGGGACAUCACCAGUCUUUGUUUACAUCUUUUAAACCACGUCUCACCCUUUACAUCUCAUGUGUUGAUCAGAAUCAGAAGGACUGAGUUUUUGCUGUGAUCUGAAAUGAAACGUCUGUUUUACUUGAACUUUGAUGCUGAGAAGUGUUUGUCGGCGAGCUACGAGCAGAGAGCUGCUGCGUUAUGAACUAAAAAGAAUGAGUGUGUUUUGUUUUUGCAUCGUCUUCCACUCCUGUCCUCGGUCCCAGAUGUGGCGACCGCCCCCCUGGAACAGCUAGCCGCUCACGGAGGAGAAUCAAGGUGUUGCCGCUUGCUUUCUCUCGUUCUCAUCUAUCUGUAAAAAAGAGCGGGAGAAGUCCGUUUUCAGAGGAGCGGUGACAUCCCGCUCUGGCGAAGCUGCUUCACCCUCGUCCCUGUGACAGAAAAUGUGAAGCUCUGAGUGAAAGUGAGCCAGGAAGACGAGCCUGUGUACAAUUUCCUGUGUAAAUUCUCCAGAUUGAAACUAUUAUUACUGCAAGACGUUUGUUUUCCAGCCAAAGCAUGCAACCUGUUGCUUUAAGCCUCCGGACUGGGCUACACUCAACACUUGACUGUACGAUGUCUACAUUUCCACUGUGGCCUGUUAUUGCUAUAUUUAAAAAGAACUAAUAAAGUUAUUAUUUGUAGCCGGA